AAGCAUUUGUAUUCACAAUUUUAUAUGGGCAAACAAGAUUGUUUCGACCAACAGGUGCCAAUAGGUACUACUACAUAUGCAUGAAUGACUCACUUGCACUUGGCGGUGGAGGCAACUUUGCCCUGUCCUUAGAUGGAGAUCUGUUAAGUGGAACAAGUGGACCCUGCGAAACAUUUGGAAGCUUAUGUUUGGCUCACAACCCAGAGUUCGAGUUGAAGAAUGCUGAGUUAUGGGGCUUCACUCACUCAUCAUACCAUACUACAAGACCUGAAGUUGCAACAAGGCCUGCUCGCGCCGCUCUCCUCUGAAGUUCAUUCUUUAUUGUUUCAAUUUUGCCUUAAUAUAUCC